UCAGGCAAUAAUUUCUCGGCUCGCCUCUGGUUCUUCGAGUCCCGCAUAUAAUCCACGGCGACGGGAGUGUGAGUGGAGGCUGAUGGAAGCCGGCGAGAUGGACGGGAGGAAGAAGAGAGGGGGGGAAAUCCCCAAAGCCGCUGCAAUUUGGAUCCUUUCCACCCUGAUCCUUGCCGCUAUCACUCCGGUCUCCUCCAUUGACGACAAAUGCGCGGCUUGCAACGCUGUCGCGGCUGAGCUAGAAAUUGGACUUUCAAAAGAGAAACCAAGAAACCAUUUGGACAUGCGCCACCGUCUGGAUUCUAGAGGUCAACGUGAAGGGAGAGUCAUUGAUUACAAAGUCAGUGAGCUAAGAGUCGUUGAGCUUCUGGAUGGACUCUGUGAAAAAAUGCAAGAUUACACUCUAAUGAAGUUAGAGUCAGGCCAAAAAGGAUGGGUCAAGGUAAGAGACUGGGACGACCUUAAAACUGAUAAGCAAGAAGCACGUGCUUACUCAAAAAAUUUGUCAUCCUUUUGUGGAAGGUUGUUGGAGGAGACAGAGGAUGAGCUUGCCGAGUGGAUAAAACAAGGAUCCAUAGAACCCGGAGGUGUGAACAAGGCUCUUUGUCAAGACCUUAGCAAGCAUUGCAGCUCUUCUAGGGGGUCCUCUAUUGUGGAUGAUAGAGAAUUAUGAAGACAAAGCUAACAGCCACUGAGAUUUUUUGCUGGUACAGAAUGCAAGGAGUUGGAAGCUGUGACCUGACCCAUCAUUCAUGAUGCACUUAUCUUCUUAUUUUAUUCUUGGAGCAAAUGGUCAAAACCUUUCCAGCCUAAGUUAAAAAAAAAAAAAAAGGUCCUCACAUAGUCCUCUUCAGUAACAUUCUUUAUUGAUCGACGCAAAAUGUUUUGACUAUUUGCUGUCAUAAACUAAUGUGACCUUAAUCCUAUAUACUCAAAAGAUCUACAUGAGGGACCAAAAAAACAAAUAAAUAAUUCUGCUUCAUCCUCUC